UUUCAUAAAACUAUCAAAGUGGGGCUGUUAACAUUAAAACGAAAUCUUUCCUUUGGAAUAUCUGAUAUUCCAGAAUUUGGUUCGAGAGACGAAAGCAAAAUGGGAACAAUUGAAAAACGUUCAUUUUCAUUCCGUUUGAGAAGAUCUCGAGCCGGUGAUGGCGGCAGUACAAAUUCGCGCAACAGCAACAACAACAGUAGUACCUGUACCAACAACAAUCGUUGUAAUUCGCCACAAACACCCACCAGCAGCAGCAUGAAAUUGGAAGUGCCAACCUCCAAUCCUUCGGUUAGUCGUCGCAGCAGCAUUUAUCGAAAACCCGAUAAGGAUGACAGUGGCCUCAUACACAUUAUACGUGACAUUGAUCUGCCGUUGAUGUCAUUUACCGAUCAAUAUAAUAUCGAAAAGGUAUUGGCCGAGGGUUGUUUUGCCAAAGUCCUGCUGACCACCCACAGGCCCACUCAGACCAAGGUGGUUUUGAAAGCCGUACAUGCCGAAUUGACCACCAUACAGGAGUUCCAAAAGGAGUUUCAUUUCAACUAUGAGCUGUCACAUCAGCGAAACAUCCUCAGUGCCUAUAAUGUGGCCUUCCAGACCAAGGAUUAUUAUGUCUUUGCCAUGGAACAUGCCCCCUAUGGUGAUUUGGCUUCCAAUCUGGGUCCCAAUGGCUUGCAUGAGAAUGCCGCCAAGACCAUUAGCGAGCAGCUAAGUUCUGCCCUGUCUUUCAUGCACUCGAAAAAUCUCGUACAUCGUGAUUUGAAGUUGGAAAAUGUUUUGGUAUUCACUCCAGACUUUUCUCGUGUCAAGCUGUGUGAUUUUGGUGCCACCACCAAGAAAGGUACAUUGGUGCAUAAAGUGAAACAUACCUGGACCAGUUUUGUACCACCAGAAAUUUUGGAAAUUGUCAAAAAUGAAAGAUUCCAUUGUUUGCCCUGCAGUGACUCCUGGCAGUUUGGUAUCCUGUUGUAUCACGUUUUGACCGGCAGUCCACCCUGGAAUGCAGCCAAUUGGGUUAAAGAUUCCAACUAUUGUAAUUUCAUGAAAUACGAACAAAGAAAGACCACCAAGAUUCCAGAUAACUUCCGGAGAUUUUCACCACGCCUUAUGCGCUGUUUCCGUAAAUAUCUCUCCCAUGAUCCCGAGGAUCGUUGCAAAGUGACAGAGGUAAACAAAUACAUGAAAGAUCGUUGGGUAGAAUGCCGGGUGGCCACAUCGAAAUCUGCCAUUUUGGUUGCCCCCACUCCCGAUCAAGAUUCCUGCAUUUAUCUCAACCAAAGAGAGGGACGUAAAUCUCAGGAGGAUGAAAACAAAUUACGUCUGCGGCGUAUGAUGUCCACCUAUGGUCUGGAUCACAGCCCAGUCGAUCAGAAUGCUGUGCGCAAGCGUGUCUUAGACUGGUUGGCCACCUGUGAUGACAAUUUCGACCGAGAAAUUGAAAGUCUGGUAAUAGUGGAUACACCGGCAAAGUGAAGGCGCUGUUGGUGGCAAGCUGGAGAGCAUGAAAGAGACUUGAUUUA